AUGGAGCAUAUAAUUAAUUCAACACUAAAAAAGGAUGAAAAAAUAGAAAAUAAUUUUCAUGUGAAUGAAUUGGCCAAAGUUGCUGCCAUGAUGAAAUUGAACAAUUCUUCACAGGGGGAAUUUAUGGAUUCAUUGUAUGAUUUAUCGAGUGAUUAUGAUAAAGUAAUGGAUGAAUCUAAUCAGUUGAAAAAGUCAAUAAUUGACAUUUCAGACAAGACUAUUGAUUUAAUUAAGAAGUCACAAUAUUUGAAUGAAAUUCAUCAACAAUUCGAUCAGGAAAUAUCUGAGAGAGAACAAACAGAUAGUCUUCAAAAUAGGUUAGAAACUAUUGAAUAUUUAAAGAGAAAAUCACACGAAUAUCAAGUACAAGUUUCUGGAAUGCAACAACAAUUGAAUGAAGCAUUCGCUCUUUCAAAUAAUUUGGAUGUGCAACAAACAACACUCAUAGAAAUAUAUGACCGAAUUCAAGAACUCAAAACAGAAAUCGAACCAAAGCUAAAGCUCAUUGAAAGAUAUCACAAUUUGCCUCCAGAUGUUGCCCAAACCAGAACAAGAAUUCUCCAAGCUAAAGAACAGUUAAAACAUUUAGAAGAAGUAUUUAACAGAAAGGCACAACACAUUUGGUUUGACUAA